AUGGCACAGAUGAAGACACUGCCCACCGAACUGGUCAUCGCGAUCCUGGAGGAAGCGCAGUACGAGGACCUCCUACCGCGCUACAAGUGGCUCAAGAGAUACUCUCGCGUAUGUCACGCCUGGCGGGCGCCCGCUCAGCGGCUCCUCUUCUCGCACGUCGCGCUCCUCCGUGGGGCCGCCCAAUGCAAGGCGUUCAAGGACGCCGUCACAGACCUCUCGUCGGCGGACCCCGCGCACCUGGACUACCUGCGCGAGUCGGUCAAGACGCUCGCCAUGGCCGUCGACCAUCAGGAAGUAUACGCGGAGGUCAUCGAGCUGUGCCCGAACCUCCGGGAGCUCCACCUGUCCCUUUACCACGCGUCUUUCCGACCCGACGUCCUCGCUCGUCUCGUCCGCGGACCCCGGGUGGAGGCCAUACGCGUCAAGACAUACCACCUCUGGCCGCUUGUACAGCUGCUCUCUGUCUAUGGGACGGUGCAGUACCUCGAAAUCGACUUCAACAGCGUCCGGGAGGAGUUUGCAGAAGAACCGGACUUGCUGCCGCCCCUUACGCAGCUCCGGGAGCUGCGCUACUUCGAUCAGCUUCACCGCACGCACCCCCUCGUCAAGUGGACUCUCUCCGGCCCGUCGCAGAAGACGCUGGAGGUGUUGGAGCUGCGGUGUUCUGGGAUACAGCUGGAGAUGCUCGCCGGCGUGGGCCCACGCCUCCGUUCGCUCGCCAUUGCAGGGUUGGGCGGGAAUGACGACGUGGCCGCGGUGGCGCCUGCGCUGGAGGAGCUCGUCGUACUGGCCUCGUUUCCCAUCACCGUAUCCCUCGUGCAGCGAUUUCCCGCCAGUCUUGUGCAUCUCGCCAUACAGGACCUCACCCUCAACGACCGCUGCCUGGAGGACGUCGACGCCCUUGCCGCGCAUUAUGCCAAUGCUGGGACAUCGCUACGCGUGCUGAGCUUCCAUUGCCGUCGGGGAGAACCGGAAAAGGCAGCGAGGAGGAGUGACGCACUAGCCCUGUUCGAGUCGUGCAAGGCAGCGGGGAUUGAGUUCCGGUUCUUUGAGCCGCCAUAUGGCCACUAUGCGUGGGAGCGCAUGCCUCUUGAGUCGGUGCGGAUGUUUCCCCGGCAGAUGCCGUUUUCGGAACGCCGUGCGACGACCAUGAGCGGGGAGCAACUAUCCGAAGAGUAUGCUUUUUCUAAAACGAGAGGGAAGUCGUCAUUCGUCCGCAGAGUGGCCAAGGCUGCGGGGAAGGCCUUUGGAAGCAGUAUACCACCGAUGGCUCUGGCGAAACCUUGAAUAAGUACCCUGCAAGAGA